UAUUGGAUUUCAGUUUGAUAUCAGACGGUAAAUUCUAUACAGGCGACCUUUUCAUACGCAUGAGCAUAUGACGGAUACUUGCUGGUAUACUUUUUAUUAUCUUGCCCGUUACUAACACGUUUCUGCUGGCAUUGCCGUUAAGAACUCACUUUCGUCGGAGUUCAGUUUCAGGCAGGACGCAGGAAGGAAGGCUCUGCAGUAGUUGAUUGGGAGGAUUUGGAGCCGGUUGAUGUUUGGCUGCCACGGGGUGACUGUUAAUAUUGGAAGCACGAGUUCUGCAUGUUCCGUUGAACAGCACUUCUGGUCAAAUCAACCUAAGGACUCGUAUGCAGGAUGUGUACUUAGCAUCAGUCGUCAGAUGAGGCGACUUUAUGCAGGGUUUGUCAAGUAGUACAGGCCUGUGGCACAAAGUGGGGACUGCACUCUGCCUAGCAUCAACUCUCAUAUCGAUGGAAAAUGCUACUGUCACAGUGUUUGCGUAUCGGCCUAUAGCCUGUGGUGCGAUUCAGGAAGGCAACAAAAUCUGCUUUUAGGAAACGGUAAUACUAAAAGGCCAUAUUAACUGAUUUGUAUGCACGCACUGCGCCAGAAGCAAAAAAUGUGUCAUUGUCGUGUUGGCCUGGGACAGGCAAUUAAACUGAACAUUGCUGGCACGGGAACAGAUCUCAAGAAUAUGAAUUCUGUCGUACUGCAUUAUGAUAAUUCCUUUGCAUCGGGUUUGGAGCGUGCUUAUCGGAGAAAAUCGAAGUGGCAUACAUUAUUUUAUUGACGUCCGCUGAGGAAUCCGAUCAACAUUUGCUACCGACAUUAUGAAUGUCAUACACAGACUAGGACUGCAUUUACUCAGUGAUGUCGUUGACUGAACGAUGAAUGCAUACAUGUACACAAGGUCUGUAGGAUAGAAAUCUUUGCCAGGAUGCGAUACGAACGCGUGUCAUAGGCAGGUCAGCCCACACGGGAAUUCCGUGAGUAGGGUAGGAGCGUUUCAAGUAGUGUCUGUAGUCAUACUGUACAUGAACGUUACCCUGCGCACACGUAAAAAGCUAUACCAAGCUUCCAACUGAGCGGGGAGUUGACAUGGCACUAAUGCACGUCUUUACUGCCGUACCGCCGAUGCCUUGCAACCAUCACUGGUAAUUACCGAAGAUUUUCAACACAAACGAAUGCUUGCUUUGGAAAUACCAGAAUAUGUGUGUCAUGGACCCUCCAACUGGUGUAUGCUCACGAAGGAUUCUUGUUUCAUGUGGGUGUGCUGAUGGAUCUGCUAUUAAUGGAACAAAUUUGCAGAAAGCAUAUGGGCUGUAUUUCAGUCCCUGAAGCGUAUAUUUCUGUCACAGAAAACGUAAAUGGAAGUACAAAUAGUUGUAUUCGAUAAGCGAUUUAAAACGAUGGAUCGUGUGUAUGUGCUCAACAAGAUGCUUGAGUCAUCGGUGAGUGUUCUGUCAAUAUGACAUGCAAUCUGUGUAAUUUUUCAGGCAGGGGAAAUUCAAGUGGAAACGUGAUAUACGGAUCCCACAGUUUGUGCCGAGUGAUAAAUGGAGGUUAAAGUGAUGCAGAGACGCAGGGUGAGAUAUCGCACCUACCCUAGCCCCUCCCUGGACUCGGAAGAAGACGAGGAUUUGGAACUCAUGACCUGUCGCCACAUCACCUUCCCUCCCGAUGUCCGCUUCAUGUCGGCCGUCCAGCAGCAGGACAAUGCGGAGCUGGUCAAGAUCUUGAACCAGCACGGGGUGCAGCUGGAUCUGAAUACCAGCAUCCACGCGGGGCUGACGGCCCUCCACCAGGGUGUCCUGAACCGCAACCUGGACACGGUCAAGCUACUGCUGUGCCAGGGGGCCGACGCGAGCGUUCAGGACGCCAACGGCUACUCCCCGCUCCACACCGCUUCGGCCUGCGGUCUCCGUAACAUCGCCAGCCUGCUCAUCAUCUUCGGCGCCGACCUGUGGGCCAUGACACUGUCCGGGGAGUCCCCCUUGGAUCUGGCCAAGGACCUGGUCACUGCCGACCUCAUCAUGCGGGAGAUGUGCAGACAGGUCCAGCAACGGGAACUGAUGGAGAAGUACGGCUUCGCUUUCCGGUUCAUCGACUUGUGCGAACGGUUUAUGGUAACUUGCCACUCAGUGUGGCAGAAAAUCGUGGAAUGGGCGCAGUAUGCUCUGGAAAAGUAUUGUAACCAUCCCGACCACCAGAAACUAAACGGCAGGUUAAAGGGGCGUGGUAGACGAUAUAAAGAGGAAACGAAUGAUGAGCAAUGAUGAAUGUGGAUUGAGGUCUGUACCCCGACCUAAUAAGUAUUUUUCUUCGAUGAAGGAUAAUAUGUAUAUUUUUAUUUUAUAAAGAACAGCACUCUCACGAAAAUAGGUAAUCAGGUCAAUAGAUUGACUUGUAAUAUAGUAUUUGCUCAUUCAUGGAUUGAAAUUCGAACAUUAUCUCCAUAUUCUCAAAAAGAUACCAUCUCAAUGAUAAAUUAUUAUGGACCUAUCGAUAUCUCCGACCAUGUUUUAUACCUUUCUCCAAAAAAAAUGGCUAUUCGGUAUUAAUAUAAAAUGUUGAGAAGUUUUUCCUUGACUACAUUAACAAUACAUGAAUUGCUUUUAUUACGAUGGAACCGACCAUAUGUUUUUUUUUCGCCAAAGAAUAAGCCACUUUGAGU